AUGUCUGCAACCUCGCCACCUGUCUCGAAGAGUGAGCAUACAAUAACCGGCACUCAACACUCAGGCAUAGAACAUGCCGCGCUCCAUUAUUCAGAUGUUUUCAAUACCAGAGCUGCAUACUUCGAUAUCUAUUCUAUUGUCAUGCCUGGCCACCAUCUGACUACAGAUGCGUUCUACGCAGCAGCACAAGGCGCCGUGCAAGAUCACGAGAACGAGGUCAUUCUUUCCAGGUCUUUGAUUCAGUCCUAUGUUGAGGAGGAAUCUGUGGACACCAAGCGUGACAUCUUGGAAAAUAUUGCCAAGUACUUUAAAGAGGCCGAACGGUCUACAAAACGGGAAAUAUUCAUUAUAUCACCAUUCGGUCGAACUACCGAUUUCUUUGUAAGAUGCGGUAUCUUCAAUCGUACCCUAACCGCGACAGGUUACAGAUCCCCCCAGGCAAUACCACCUGACUGGGUGGCGCGCCUCCUCGAAGAAGUUGUUGCAGCUAUACGAGGGCAAACUCCUGACUUCCAGUACAUCCACGAGGGAUGGACGGCUGUGACUGACGAGGACUUUGGGAUGUCACUAGUUUCGAUCAUAAUGUACCACAUACAUCUCAGGACAGUAGAAGGUCCAGUAGACGCUUCGGGGCUUGGGGAGUCAGAACGUAUACGUGAUUACUGUUUCUGGACGUAUGUAAACAUGGAGCUUCGACGACGUCAAGAGCAGGGAGAUUUCAUCCCCGGGACUCACGAUCUCCUCGAUGCUACCAUUUCUUCCGAGCCCGGAUCGGAGACGGAGGAUUUGUCGCUCGAGUACGGCACAGGCUGCGAUGCCCAAAAACGCAAGCGAAACUCGGACGGGGAGGUUGGAGCAGAAGUUGAGGCAGAGAUCAAGUAUUUUUUCCCAGACGAAGAGGAUAGCGAUCCUACUUGGCCUGGCCCCCUUCUUGAACUCCCACCAGGGCUUAUCGGUGCCAACGUGGCUCUUCCAGCGGACCAGGACGACCCCUUUUCCCAAUUCUUUGGAAGCCAACUCCCGGCAACGCAAGCCCUCAUCGAAGAUUUGAAGCAAAUCUUCAAUAACCAACACCUGUUGUCGUUGGGGUUCGCGACGUGUGAAAGCAUCCUGACACGCCAUGGGCAGGAUACUUCUCAAACUAUGGUUAACACUAUAAGAGAGAUGUAUGGAGCAAUCCUUCAUGAGAAAGGAUUGGCUUACCAGAAGCAAACACAGGCCGUGGGGUUACGGCUCGCUAUCCUGUUUGCGGCUGUAAUCAAAGUUUCUGAGGCCCAGCAGCUCGUCUGGUUCUCGUCGCAGAAUCAGAACGAGGGUGUGUAUCACGUGGAAACAGCCCAUCUAGAUUGGACAUCGGUACACACAGUAGCAGAAGGCUUUGCUCCGGAGGGUUUCAAGGGUCUAUACACGGCUCAAGUCUGUGAAAAACUAUUCAAGUUCGCGUUCAACGGCGACAACAAAAACCUGCUGCUAUCAGCAUUAUAUUGGAACACAUUACGAGAAGCGCCCUUCCAGCAACGACCUGAGGGCAAGGAUAGCAUUCUGACCCCAAACCCGCAAUACUCAGGGACUUGCCAGAGGUGCUUGACGAAGACAUUGAAAUGGGUAGCCACAUCAGAAAUUGCCAUGGCAGAUGUAAGGGAUGCGUUGAUAAACAGAUUCCUUGCCGGCGAAAAGGGCACUGGGGAGGAAAGUGCCAGGAUUGUCCCACCGUGGUUUCCUGUGUAG